UUUCAUUUCAAUUUAGAGAGAGAAAUUUUUUUAAAAAAAAAAAGAAAAAAGGAAAAAAGAAGAAGAAGAAGCCGAAGCAAACUGUUCUCUUCCACUUCUUCAAACCCUAGACCUCCCCUCCUUCGAUUCCUUCUUCCAUCAAACCCUACUGUUUUUCUUCCCCCUUUCUCCUCCAUUUCUCUUCCACCUCCAUUUCUCCUCUUGCUUUUCUCUCAUCCUAAUGACUUCCUCUCAUUCCCUUCUCUAAACAAAAACCCUAAUCUCCCUUUCUUCUUAGCUCCCCAAUCCCCCCGAGUUCUUCUUUUUUCUUUUGGAGGGGGUGGGGAGAGUCCCUCCAUCACUUGUUUCAAUUUGAAUUUUACAAGCUUUGAUUUCUUCAAAGAUAUGUAUAGGGAUCGAGGAGGAGGAGGAGGAGGAGGGGGGAUUGGUGGUUCUUCCAAAUCGGAGAUCGUUGGUGCUACCUUGGAUCGAAAGCGUAUCAACGAUGCUCUCGAUAAACAUCUUGAGAAGACUUCUCCCUCUACUUCAAGAGGUCUUCAUAGUAAGGAGAAGGAGAGGCUCUCUGUGCCCUCCACUUCUACUGGUAAACCACAGCUUGAUCAUCGUUCUGCCUCUUUAUCCAAGAAUAAAUGCUCCGAUGAGGAAUCUGAAACAGACAGCGAAGAAUCAGAUGUCAGUGGUUCAGACGGAGAUGAUACAUCAUGGAUUUCGUGGUUUUGCAAUUUGAGGGGAAAUGAAUUUUUUUGUGAAGUUGACGAUGAGUACAUACAAGAUGAUUUCAAUCUCUGUGGCUUGAGCAGUCAAGUUCCGUACUAUGAUUAUGCACUUGAUCUUAUCUUGGAUGUUGAAUCUUCUCAUGGUGACAUGUUCACUGAAGAACAGAAUGAACUAGUUGAGUCGGCUGCUGAGAUGCUGUAUGGUCUAAUUCAUGUCAGAUACAUACUAACUGGCAAAGGAAUAUCUGCAAUGCUGGAGAAGUAUAAAAACUACGACUUUGGAAGGUGCCCAAGAGUGUACUGCUGUGGACAACCAUGCCUUCCAGUGGGGCAGUCAGAUAUUCCUCGUUCAAGCACUGUAAAGAUAUACUGCCCAAAAUGUGAAGACAUAUAUUACCCUCGUUCAAAGUAUCAAGGCAAUAUCGAUGGAGCAUAUUUUGGAACCACAUUCCCACACUUGUUUUUGAUGACAUACGGACACCUGAAGCCACAAAAAGCCACACAAGGGUAUGUUCCCAGAGUUUUUGGCUUCAAGCUUCACAAAAAGCAUGAUUGAGUUAGAAAGCUGCACGUUGAGUCGAGAUCCUUCGGUAUUCAUCCAUUUUCAAAUGUGCUGCCUGGUGCAAUACUUCUAAUACCCUUUUGGGACGUGGGCUGAUGGAUGCAUGCACUCAUGGUUCUAACUAUCAAAGGUAAAAUUACAGCCAGUUGUUCAAAAAGUCUCAAAAUGAUUAUUAAAGAAAAAAAAAAUGUUCACAAAUGCAAAAUUGUCAUAGUAGCUGAACAUGUCUUUCUUUUCUUCUUAUUGUCGUUUCAUGAAUUAAAAAUGGUGUUUGUAAGUUUAUUUCUCUUUAUGGGUUGAUAAUCCAAAUUAUUUGCUGUUAUGCAUUCCCGUUCUUGUACUUGAUUCUUUCUCCUCGAGUUUUAUAUAAUACACCUUAGCUUUUAUGCCCUUUACUACCA